GUGACGGUUCCCGAGAGCCCCUGCUCGCAGCCUUUGGCGCUCACGCGCGUGUGUCUGUGUCUGACACAAAGUUUGUGCCGUCCCGGAGCAGCCGCCAUUUCGUGUCCGAGCCGUACCGUCAGACCAUCCCGCUCCCUUCCAUCUGCCCCACAGACCAGACAGAGACAGCACCGGCAUGAGUUUACCAUUGAAUCCGAAACCUUUCCUCAAUGGGUUGACUGGCAAACCGGUGAUGGUGAAGUUAAAGUGGGGAAUGGAGUACAAAGGUUACUUAGUGUCAGUUGAUGGGUAUAUGAACAUGCAGCUUGCAAACACAGAAGAAUAUAUUGAUGGAGCGUUAGCGGGUCAUCUUGGAGAAGUCUUAAUCAGAUGUAACAACGUUUUGUACAUUAGAGGAGUUGAGGAGGAGGAAGAAGAUGGAGAAAUGAGAGAGUAACUUUCCUUUUUGUUUUGAAGAAUAACCACGUGUACAAUUUUUUUUUAGUACUUUUUUAAAAAAUAUCCAGUAAGGACGAUGCCGUUUUCAGGACUGCACUGACCACGUCAGAGGGGUCUACUGUGCUGUAAAAUGUACAAGACAAACUAAUUUAAUUGUAGACACAACUCCUCUAGUUUGAUAUGGCACAAUGUGAAUUCAGAUGUACCAAUAAAAAUUCUUUUACACUUUGA